AUGGUAGACCAGUUCUGGACCUUGCCGGACGUUAUCAAACACUGGGGUCAACAGACACCGGACCAGGAGCCGUUUAUUUUCAUCAACAAACAUGGCCGCUACUGUACAUUGAAUGCUAGCGACAUCUAUGUUCUGGCGGGACGUUUCGCCUCCCGUCUGCGGCGUUGUGGGUUUGAGGCGGGUGAUGUCAUUGCGAACGGACUCCCAAAUUCACCAGAGAGGGUCAUCACCGACUUUGGUAUUGUGAUGGCGGGAUGUGUCUCACUUAACUGUCAGAUCAUAGAGAAAGAUGGCGGAGACUUCUGGAAUACUGCCAGGAUAUCUGAAUGUAAAGGGGUCAUUUUCCCGGACCAAACGGACAACCCUGCAUGUCGGCUGUUCUCAAAGUUUAUACUGGACAACAGCCAAGACAUAUCUGGAUAUCGGGAUAUCUCACUUCCUGAGGCAGAACACACAGCAAAAGCUUUCGUCAUCAUACGAAGUCCAAACUCGACUAGCUGUACACAGAAAAACGACACGAAGAAACAAAAUGGAGAUAUUUCUAGCUAUGACCAUGAAUCAUUUUUGGCAAGCCUGGCAGAAAGCGACGAAGAUGUCUUUAUGGCGGAGUGCCAGCCGAAUGAAAAUGCGUAUAUAUUCACAACCUCGGGAUCUACUGGUCCGUGUAAGUUAGUGCCGAGGUCACAUCGAGAGCUUCUCCGGAUGGCCAGGGGAUACAACAGUCCCGCCGAAACGAAAUACUUCAACGAUCGACAAUUGAGCUGGCUUGGGGGAUUUCCUUUCGACUAUUUUAGAAACUGCAUGCCACGUCUGCUUCAGGAUGUUCUGGGAGGGCACCAGGCACAGACUGUCCAGGAACUGUGGACUUUGCUGAAGCGGGAGAGGUGCGAUGGUGCGUUUCUGGCGCCCUCUGAUGUCCUUCAGCUGGUCAAAGAGUUUGAGGGAAGACCUCCGGACUUUAGGUUAAAGUUCAUCACAACAGCGGGCGUGUGCCUGCGACAGAGCGCCAUGGCCGCCCUGGGAAACAUCACAGACUCCAUCACAAACAUGUACGCGUCAACGGAGACUGGUAUUAUAGCACUCCUGACUGUCACGGACGCCUCAGAGUUCAAGGACUGUGUUUGUGGUCGGCCACCAGAUGGCGUGCAGAUCCGCGUCGUUGACGACAAGAUGGAGGACGUGCCACGCGGACAAGAGGGAAAUGUUCUCGUGAAGUCUCAGAACAUGUUCCGACACUACUACAACUGCACACCCCGGGAACCAGCUUUCACUCCUGACGGUUGGUUCAUCAUCCGUGACCGUGGGGUCCUUGACGAGUCCGGGUCUCUGUCCGUGACCUGCCGGCAGGGAGAUGUGGUCAGCCAGGGGAUCACUCUCAUCUACUUCAGCUGGCCGGAAUCAGUUCUCGGCAAGUGCCCGGAUGUACGGGAAGUGACGGUGGUCGGUAUCCAGGAUGCCGGCGGAGAUGACGUCAUGUAUGCCUGCGUGGUGGCUCGGCCGUGUUCAGGACUUACGGAAGAAAGUCUUCUGGAGUUUUACAAUGAGACUUUCAUGACGUCUUUGAGCAAAAGUAUUCUGAAGCCACAGAUUAGGGGCGUCAUUUUCUAUGACGCGUUUCCUUUCAACUCUUUGGGGAAACUGGAAAAGCGGAAGUUGCGAGAUGAUGCCACAGCAAGGUUGUUCCAGCAGCAGGUCACGUGA